GAUUAGAUAUUUUUGGCUGAUGCAAUAGGUUUCAUUACGUUUUGUUGAAAAUAUUUCAUGAACAUUCUACGAAUUGUUGAAUAAGUUGUCUAUUAACAAGGUGUUGAUCAAAGGUUUUCAUUUGUGAAAUGGCUGAAGACGAAGCAAUUUUUGAUCCAACUUUGAAAAAGAAAAAGAAGAAGAAGAAGACCUCUUUUGACAUUGAUGCAGCCCUAGCAGAAGGCAACACAGAAAAUGAUUCAACUCCUAAUGCUGCCCCAGAUACAGACAACAGGCCAGAUGAAGACUUAGAUGAUGGAAAUGUUGACAUUGACCUAGACUUUACAAAAAAGAAGAAGAAGAAAAAGAAACCUUCUGCAGAGGAUACUGAAACAGCAAUUGCUGAUAGCAAGAUCAGUGCAGCAGUGGCAGAUGUGGGCGGGGAGCCUGAUGCAGGUGUGGAUGACAGUUUUGACUUUGAAUUGGACUUCAACAAAAGUAAAAAGAAGAAAAAAACCAAGAAACCUAAGAAUUUGGAUGAACUGAUUGCUGAAGCUGAAGAAAAAGAAAAUGAUCUAGAAAAUGUCGAUGAAAACUCAACGCAGUGGGUAGGAUCCGACAGAGACUACACAUACGACGAAUUACUCAACCGUGCCUUCGAAAUAAUGAGAGACAAGAAUCCAGAUAUGGCGGCCGGCAAAAAGCAAAAGUUCAUAAUGAGACCGCCGCAGGUGGUCAAAAUCGGUGCAAAGAAGACGUCGUUCGCCAACUUUACAGAGAUCUGUAAAAUGUUGCAUCGUCAGCCCAAACAUCUGCUCGACUUUCUGUUGGCCGAAUUGGGUACCAGCGGGUCUGUGGACGGCAACAGCCAACUCAUCAUUAAGGGCAGGUUCCAACAGAAACAAAUCGAGAAUGUUUUGAGAAGGUAUAUCAAGGAAUAUGUUACAUGUCAUACUUGUCGAUCGCCAGAUACGAUACUUCAAAAAGACACAAGAUUGUUUUUCCUGCAAUGUGAAACAUGUGGGUCUAGGUGUUCUGUAGCUAGUAUUAAAUCUGGUUUCCAGGCUGUCACAUCAAAACGUGCUGCAAUCCGAGCCAAAACUGCAUGAGGAAUGGUAUUGCAAUAAAAAUAAUUAUAUCCUAUUUUAUUGAGUCACUUUUAUAUUAUUCGAAAGAUCGCUAGUGUUCCACUCCAAUCUGUGUUGAAUGUUGUUAUGAUUUGUACUAUAAAACUAGCCGAAUUUGUU